GCUUCUGGAGUAACAGUGAAUGAUGAAGUCAUAAAGGUUUUUAAUGACAUGAAAGUAAGGAAAUCUUCAACCCCAGAAGAGAUUAAAAAAAGAAAGAAAGCUGUUCUCUUCUGCUUAAGUGAUGACAAAAAACAAAUAAUUGUAGAGGAGUCCAAGCAGAUAUUGGUUGGUGACAUUGGAGAUACUGUGGAGGACCCCUACACAGCCUUUGUGAAGUUGCUACCUUUGAAUGAUUGCCGAUAUGCUUUGUAUGAUGCCACAUAUGAGACAAAGGAAUCUAAGAAAGAAGACCUGGUAUUUAUAUUCUGGGCCCCUGAAAGUGCACCUUUAAAAAGCAAGAUGAUCUACGCAAGCUCUAAAGAUGCCAUUAAAAAGAAAUUUACAGGUAUUAAACAUGAGUGGCAAGUAAAUGGUUUGGAUGAUAUUAAGGACCGUUCAACACUUGCAGAGAAAUUGGGAGGCAACGUGGUAGUUUCACUUGAAGGAAAACCCUUAUAAAAAGACAGACAAGUGCCAUCUGGAUCUAAGGAGCUUCCAUUUCUGCAGCUCGUUCAAUUGGAAUAGUAUUAGUCUCCCCGUCCCCUCCCCUCCUCAAAAAAUAAGUCCCUUCCCUACUGCCCUGAAGGAGAUGUCAUUGUUAAGCAGUCUACCAGUGAUUGCCAUUAGACUGUUUAAUCCUGGUAGUUUUUUGUAGGAUCCAAGGAAUGCUUUCACGUCAUACUCUUAGCCAAAACUGACGUUGCAGGCAUUCCUUGCAACAUGUACAAUGAAUGUGAUAGUUAAUGUAAAUAGUCUAGCAGACAGCAAAGGGUAAGCUAAUUGAAUGCCUUGAAAGUAUUGUCCACUGGUCGGAUGGUAGACUCUAUACAGUAUUACUUACAGUUGCACUUGAUUGCAGUUCCAUGAGGCUCUUGUGCAUUCAUACACCUCACCUGCCUUGACAAGCCUAUUUUUGUGACAUGGCAGCACACAACACUAUGCAUUUAAAGCACUUUUUUGUAAUAUGUUUGACCCGCCCCCCCAAAGGAAUGCCAAUUAAGUUGCUGUAACUGUGUCAUCAGAUUAUUGUAGUACCUCAGUUUCAUUCCUGUUACAUGCAUAUCUUUAUAAAUGAAGUAGCUGUUACGAUGCCUUUUGUUUUCCAUUGAAUGUACACUACUGAACAGGAGUAGAAGUUAUCUGUUUAACAUGUGAGUCUUGAAACACUAAAGUUUUGUAAAACAUCAGUCAUGGUGGCAAUUUCUGUAUUAAAAAAGAGCCUUAAAUGGAACACUGUUUUUUGAGAUCAAAAACUGGCCACGUUGCAAUAAAACUUGUGGCUUAUUACAGAACGUUGCCUUGUUUUCAUUGGAAAAUAUAGUUUUUAAGUGUUAAGCAUAUUUCAAAUAACUUCUGUGGAAAGUAUUGUAAACAAUCAUUAAUCUCAAAUAAUGCAAGUUUUUAAUGCUGAUUUAGGCACUGCUUUACAAUACUUUUUGGCUCUGUUCUGAUCAUUUGAUAAAGGACCUGCUCCUAGUUUACUGUUCAAGUAAAGAAGCUACCACUACUGGAGACCAUUAGUUCCAUGAAACACUUGUGUCAGAAACGUAAAAAUACCAAGUAAUUAACCAUGCAGUGUGUUUCGUACCUGAAUGUUCUUAAAGUUCUACAUGCCAGAGUAAAACCUUGCACGAGAUUUUACAGCUCGACGUCUUUUUCGGUAAGACAAUGUGUAAUGACAGUUGUAUGCAGAAUAGGAAGCUGGGAAGUAAUUUUGUUUCUUGAGUGUUGCAGUUACGACCGACUUGGUACAAGAAAUAGCCUAAAUGAACCGUUCUACUUAUUAGCUUCUAUGUAAAUAGAACUGGAAAGUGUUUGCCACUACUGAGGCUUGCACUGGGGACGUGUUUUGGCUGGGAGCCAAAUAAUGCUUUCCUUAUAGAGAAUUUGAUCUGCUCUGUGUGAGCAAUCCUCCGUUAGCCAGAGCUAUUUAUGGCAAACACAUGCUUUUGUAUCUUGUCAUCGUUAUCCACAAAUGGCAAAACUGGACAUGAUUCUCCUGGUAUGCAUAAAGGAGUGCUAUUAGGCAGCCACUGGCAGCUGAACUGUGCAUGCUGCUAGAAGGAAUGCUCUUUAUCAUUACCUUACUUUAAAAGUUGGUGGAAUAGAACUGUGGAGCUUUUAAAGACGGGCCCCUUAUGUUCAGUCCAUAGCCCUUAUUCAACAAGGAAGAAAUAAUAACCCAGUUAUUUUUCUUCUUUUUCAGUAGUUUAAAUAGCCUAGUGGUACUGUGUUUAGGCUCUCUUGUCCUGUAGAACUUUAAGACUUUGUUUCAGGCUUCUGGCUAUCCCUAUGACUUGCACACCUCAUUGUGUUAGCUGUUCUAUGUAGACUAAACUUUACUAGAAUUUAACUAAAAAGGCAUGAUGACCACUGACUUACUAAGUGUAUUAAUGAGUCUUGGUUUUGUUCUACAAAACUCUCCUUUCAGGUACCUUUUAAGGUUGAGAAGUAACUGAUGGUAUGCAUGUUGUCUAGGUUAAAAAAAACCCCAACUUUUUAUUCCUCAGAGUAGUCUGGUUUUGAUCAUUCAUGUUGUGUGCAAAACCCAGUUUAAUGUAAAGACCUUUGUGCUUUAUGUUUGACUUGAGUUCAGUACAGUAAAAUGAAAUUAUCUUUUUUGCCGAUUUUUCACAAGGAAUGAAUUGUUUCUUUAGAAAAAGCCAAAA